AUGCCCCCCGAACAAUCUGACCGCAAGUCGGAGAACCAAUAUGAGAACCUUUCCAGUUCUACAGAGAAUGCCGGUGGAUCCGAUUCUCAACAUGGUGCAAAUUUUGCAACUGAUCGUGACAAACAAAUCGAUGACCGCUUUGCACGAUUGGAAGCACGCUUGGAAGCACGCUUGGAAGCUAAAUUUGAUGAAUUAGUUGCAAAGUUAUGCCCUCCCGAUGCUUCUCCUGCCAACCCUGCUACUCCUGAUAGUCCUGAAUCUCCUGCUAAUCGUGUUGUACCUUGGUUAACAGAACCUCAGAGGCGAAAUGUGAUAAAGCCAGACUACUACAGUGAAGUCAAUGGUAAUACUGAAAUUGAUUUGGAUACUGCUUUGAACGUUUCCGCUCCGUCAAUCAAAAACACAAAUAUUCCUGUGAAAAAGACGCAACAGUCGAAUGACUUGCUUCCUGCAAAAUGGUUAUGUGAAAUCAACAGACAUAACAAGCCCAACAGAAAUGAAUCCAACUUCAGUGAUUGCAUCAUUUACCUUGACUACAUUCUUUCUGAAAUGGACACGUAUGUAUUGACGGACGAACAACGCGCCCAAUGGUGGAAUCACACAGUGUUAUAUUUCCCAGAAGACAUAGUGGCGGAAUACCCGAAAGGUACAACGAUAGCGGCAGACCAGAAGAAUCUUAAGGAAUAUUUACUCGAACAAAGGAAGCGCAAGCUUGACACUACUACCUCAUCGAUGGAAAUCUUGCGAACUCGCUUAAAUGAUGAUACAUACGUACGGCGCAAAUAUGCAAAUAUCCGCCGAGGUGCGAUGAUGACUGCCUGCGACCAGCCGCUCAUGAAGUAUCAUGGAAUGUGA